GCAAAUGUAUCCCCCUGCUAGUCAAAGGGCGAGAGAGUGAGAGAGAGACGGCGAUGGCGAUUCCGAUUCCUUCUCGUAUGCUGUUCAUCGACGGCGAGUGGAGAGAGCCGGUCAACAAGAAACGUAUCACCAUUAUCAAUCCCUCCACAGAAGAGAUUAUAGGGGAUAUUCCAGCGGCUACUGCAGAAGAUGUUGAUAUUGCAGUCAAUGCUGCUCGUAGAGCCCUUUCCCGGAAUAAAGGGAGAGAUUGGGCUUCAGCGUCCGGGGCACAUCGAGCAAAGUAUUUGCGAGCUAUUGCUGCCAAGAUAACAGAGAGAAAAUCUGAACUUGCGAAACUGGAAGCAAUUGAUUGUGGAAAACCCCUGGAUGAAGCUGCAUGGGAUAUGGAUGAUGUCGCUGGAUGUUUUGAGUAUUAUGCAGACCUUGCUGAAGCCUUGGAUGCAAAGCAAAAGGCCCCUGUCUCUCUUCCAAUGCAGACAUUCAAGUGUCACAUUCUAAAAGAACCAAUUGGGGUUGUUGGUUUGAUAACUCCAUGGAAUUACCCUCUAUUGAUGGCUGCAUGGAAAGUUGCCCCUGCGCUGGCUGCUGGAUGUACUGCAAUCCUAAAGCCAUCUGAGUUGGCAUCAGUCACCUGUUUGGAGUUGGCUGAAGCGUGUAGAGAGGUUGGUCUUCCUCCAGGUGUCCUUAACAUACUGACAGGAUUGGGCCCGGAAGCUGGGGCUCCUUUGGCAUCACAUCCUCAUGUUGAUAAGAUUGCAUUUACUGGAAGUACUGCCACUGGGAGCAAGGUAAUGUCAGCUGCAGCUCAAACUACCAAGCCAGUCACACUUGAGCUUGGUGGAAAAAGUCCCAUUCUUGUUUUUGACGAUGUUGAUCUCGACAAAGCUGCUGAAUGGACUCUAUUUGGUUGCUUUUGGACAAAUGGUCAGAUCUGCAGUGCGACAUCUCGCCUCUUAGUGCAAGAAAGCAUUGCGACAGAAUUUGUGGACAGACUUGUGAAGUGGACCAAAAACAUUAAAAUUUCAGACCCCAUGGAAGAAGGUUGCAGGCUUGGCCCAGUUGUCAGUGCUGGACAGUAUGAGAAGGUAAUGCAAUUCAUCUCAACAGCCAAGAGGGAGGGUGCAACCAUCUUGUGCGGUGGAGAUCGUCCUCAGCAUUUGAAGAAGGGAUAUUUUGUUGAGCCAACCAUUAUAACUGAUGUAACAACCUCCAUGCAAAUUUGGAGAGAAGAAGUAUUUGGACCUGUUCUGUCUGUUAAAACAUUUAGUACCGAAGAUGAAGCCAUUGAACUGGCAAACAAUACCCAUUAUGGCUUAGGUGCUGCUGUGUUGUCCGAAGAUCUGGAAAGGUGUGAGCGGGUAACAAAGGCUCUUGAGGCAGGCAUUGUCUGGGUCAAUUGCUCCCAGCCAUGCUUCUGUCAAGCUCCAUGGGGUGGCAACAAACGCAGUGGUUUUGGGCGCGAAUUAGGGGAAUGGGGACUUGACAACUACUUGAGCUUGAAGCAGGUGACACAGUACACCUCCAACGAACCAUGGGGGUGGUAUCCAUCUCCUGAAAAGCCAAAGCUUUAAAGAUUCUCAGCAGCAGCAGGAGAAUGCCAUUGCAGCUCAUUAUUGCACUCAAUCUAGAAGAGAGGCUGGUAGUUAACAAGUCACCAAUGCCAGUUUGAUCCAACUGCAGUUUUUCCAAUCGUGGUGGAGGAUCUGCUUUGUAGCUGCAGCACAAUAAGUUCAAACAGUAUGUUGUAUUUUCUUGUACAUUUUUCUUUAUCUUUAUGAAUUGCACUUGGGAUUAAUGCUUAAUAUGUUGUCUCAGGUUUGAUU